AUGGAAAAACCGACUCUCAUGAUGUUAUCGAUACUCGCACUCAUGGGCAUGCCCGCCUAUGCAGCAAUACUAGCUCCCACAGCGACGAACUCUGCUGCAAACCAUGACCAUCGCGGCUGGAGCCCGCGGCCCACGAACCCCCCAGGGGUGCUCGAGUUGAGGCAGGCCCAGCCGGCUUUAUACGCCAUGGCUCCGGACAACAUAUGCGGAUGGGCAAGCUACUCUUUCAAAACGUCAUGCGUGGGAGCGUCCGAAAGCUGCGAUAGCCGGUGCUCUAGCAACCAAGCAAUCAGAAGAUGCGAGGGAGACACCCCAUUCUGCCACCCAGUGAACUACGUCGCGACGGACAGUUUCCAUGGCUUCACCUGCGCAAAGACGGCCUUUUCGAGAGGGCAGAGGACUGCGCUGCUCCAGACGACGUUUUCGGGGGCCACGACGACGCGGAACUACGGGCUCUUUGGCGCCACGGCCUCUGGGGCUGCCCCGGGGACCGGCACCGAUGAAGACAAUGCAGUGGAACAGAUCAGCUCACCGACAGAUGCUGGUGGUGGUGGCAGCGGCGGCGAUAGAGGCGAUGGAGGCGGUGGUGGAGACAGUCAGAGCUCAACUCCCAUCGGCGCCAUCGUGGGCGGGGUGGUCGGUGGCAUUUCUGUCAUUGCCAUUGCCGCAGGCGCCGGGGCGUUCGUCUACCGGAGGAAGAAGAAGCGGAGCCAGGACAUCGGCGGUCAAGCUGUCGUGCAGCCCGAGAACACAGAUACUCGGUCACCCAAGUGGCCAUUAUUGAACGCUGGACAGGCCGCCAAGAUACCAGAGUAUCCGCUCGAGAUGGACGCAGCUGUCCCGGCUACUCAGGUGCACGAGCUGGGCGAUACUGGGCAUCCAAAUAGUUCCCCUCCAGCCAGGCAGGUGCAUGAGCUGGGUUGAAGGAGUUGGACCAUUGGAUGAUGGAUGAUGGUGUUUAUAUAAUGAAUUUGCCUUCCACAAACAGUAUAGAAUUUGCAACACUCAUUACUACUUGAUCAGUCCCUGUGC